AUGGUUAGUUGGGACAGCAGUGCAAGAUGGCAGCCACCAUGGGCUCAGACUAUUUAUGAAAACCAAAUAUACAGCCUUAAAAUAAAAUAUGGACCUAAAUACUCAGAAUCAUCCCCUUUUGUAAGAAAAUUUAAUAUAAAUGGAGUCAAUAGUUCUAAUGGAGUGGUAAACCCAAGAGCCAUAUUGGUGCUAUCAAAACGGCAAAAUUCAUGUUGUAUUAAAGUUCUCCUGCAAAAGCUUCAGCACCUAAUGAUGUCUAAAGAAAAUAUGAAACUCUCUCAGCCAACUGAAAGUCAGUGUUACAGCAAUUUAUCAAAAAUAAAAGAACACAGGACUUCUACCUUCUUCCCACCAUUCAAUUAA